AUGCGAAUUUUAAUUUCGCUUCUUCUUUUCUGCAUUUUCCUUAACUCUCAAAUUUUUUUCGCCAUACAAUCACCUUUUAGUACUCCGAAAGUUUCGGCACUUCUAGAAACAAAUUUACAACCAACUUCUAUAAAAAUUUGUACAACUUCAGCAUGCAAAGAAGCAGCUUCCCUAAUUCUGAAAGACAUGGACCCUAAGGUAUCACCUUGCGAUGACUUUUACAAAUUCGCUUGUGGAAGCUUUCUAAAGACUACAGUAGUCCCUGAAGGUGCAACAUAUGUUGACAAAUUCAGCCUCGCAAGCAAGAAACUUGAACAGGAAUUAAGAAGCAUUGUCGAAGAAGAAAUUAACCCGAAAGAACUAAAAGCAUUCAGACUGGCAAAGAACUAUUAUAAGGCAUGCAUGAAUACAGCUGGAAUUGAGAAACAAGGGCUGCGUACAGUAUUAUAUGAAUUGAAAGCAGUAGGUGGUUGGCCUGUCGUGGAAGGAAAAUCGUGGAAAGAGGCUUCAUUUGACUGGAUACAAACGGCCUAUAAAUUCAGAAAAUUUGGAUAUUCAACAGAUUACUUUUUCACUGUCGGUAUUGGAGGUAAUUUAAAGGACAAUACGAAGCUAGCGAUUUAUGUUGACGAAACAUCCCUCGGCCUGGCACGUCAAUAUUUAAUACAAGGCUUUAAUAAUCUGUUCGUGAAGGCCUAUUACAAAUAUUCGGUUGACGUUGCUGUUCUUUACGGUGCUAAUAGAGCUAUCGCCGAAAAAGAUUUGAAGGACACACUCGAAUUCGAAAUGAAACUCGCUAAUAUUUCUUUGCCAAACAGAGAACGUCGUGAUUUAAGUGAAUUUUCUACCCAAUGGACAGUUCAAGAACUCUCACGAAAAUAUCCAAAUAUCCCCUGGAUAAAGUUGUUCAAUGCAGUUCUAGCACCAAUCCUAGAGAUAGAUAAUAGUGAGUUGAUAAGAGUGGACAUGCCCCCAUUCUUCCAAGAAUUUAACAAGCUAAUAAAUGCAACUCCGAAGAGGGUACUGGCUAAUUACUUUUUUCAAAGAGCUGUUGAUGAGAACACCGUUUAUCUGACUAAUGAAAUUCGUAGCCGAAAACUUAAAUUCUUCUCGGAGAUCAGUGGUACUGUUACUCAAAUGACUCCAAGAGCAGCAGAGUGCUUUGGCAUGACAAUGAAAAGUCUAGGAUUAAGUGUAAAUGCUCAGUAUGUUAGAAAAUUCGUCAACAAAGCUUCCAAGCAAAGUGCAGUCAAAUUGCUCACUAAUAUUCUCCAACAGUUUAAGAAAAGUUUGACAGAUGUCGAUUGGAUGGUCCCAAAAACACAGAAGAUUGCGUUGGAGAAAGCUAAGGCCCUAAAGAGCUACAUUGCUUAUCCUGAAGAAUUUCUUGAUGACAAGAAACUUUAUGAAUUCUAUCGAGAACUGGAAAUAACUCCAGACGAUUACCUUACAGCAGCUGCAAAUAUGUCGAAUUUCCUCCAAGAUUAUUCCUUCAGCCAGCUUAUAAAACCUGUAGAGAAUUCGGACUGGUCCUCUUACAGUGAUGCUGCUAUCGUAAAUGUUGCCUACAAUACUGAAGAGAACAGCAUGGAAGUUCCUGCUGGCAUUCUGCAAGACAAUUUCUUUAAUAAAGGAUAUCCUCAAUACCUCAACUAUGCUGCCAUUGGUUCAAUUAUUGCACACCAAAUUACUAAUGGUUUCGGCCUGGUGGGUAGUCAAAUUGAUAAAGAAGGAAACUACAUAGAUUGGUGGAGCGAAGAAACAAAAACAAAGUAUCUUGCGAAAGCUGAUUGCAUUAUUCAACAGUAUAGCAAUUAUACUGUCAGAGAAGUCGGAUUAGAAUUGAACGGUUACAAUACACAAUUAGAAAACAUUGCAUACAAUGGAGGAGUCAAAGUAUCAUACUUGGCCUAUCAAGAAUGGGCGAAAAAAAAUAGUCCCGAAGAUAAAUUGCCUGGUUUAAACUACUCUCGAUCACAGCUUUUCUGGAUCAAUGCAGCUCAAACUUGGUGUACCGUACACAAACCAGAGGAAUUAAAAUACAUCGUUACGAAUGAUAAUCAGACCCCUGCGGAAUUUAGAAUCCGGGGUGCAUUUUCUAACAGACCAGAAUUUUCAAAAGAUUUUAAUUGCCCUGUAGGAUCCACAAUGAAUCCAGCUAAGAAGUGUGAAGUGUGGUAA